AUGGGUGGGGCUGAGGGUCUGGGGAACACUCCAUGGGAGCAGAUCACAGGAGAGCACCCCAAGGUGCGGGCACCCCAAGGUCUCACACCGGUUGGCAGCAAGGGAGAGAUUGGAGGUCUUGCCCAGCAGCAGAAGACAGAGCUGGAACGAAGUAGGACAGAGGUGCUGGGGGUCAUCAGGGCGGGCCGCAGCCUGGCACUGCCAACCCUACUGCCCAUCUUCUCGCCACCACCUCAGGACAGAGAGCAGCCCUGCCCGCCCACCCGCCUGGCCGCAGGUCCGGCCGCAGGCAAGGUGGCGGUGACCCCAGGGAGGCCAGGCCUGCCUCAUGGAAGCACCGGGGGCCCCGGGGCUCGAGGCAGCCUGAGCGGCCCGCGGGCCCGGCUCCGCAGCCGCGACAGCUCGUGCGGCCGCCCGGGCACCCCGGGCGCGGCGAGCACCGCCAAGGGCAGCCCGAACGGCGAGUGCGGGCGCGGCGAGCCGCAGUGCAGCCCCGCGGCACCCGAGGGCCCGGCGCGGGGGUCCAAGGUGUCGUUCUCGUGCCGCGGGGCGGGCGCGGGGCCGGGGCCGGCGGAUGAGGCGGGCAGCGAGGAGGCGGGCCCCGCGGGGGAGCCGCGCGGCAGCCAGGCCAGCUUCAUGCAGCGGCAGUUCGGCGCGCUCCUGCAGCCCGGCGUCAACAAGUUCUCGCUGCGGAUGUUCGGCAGCCAGAAGGCCGUGGAGCGCGAGCAGGAGCGCGUCAAGUCGGCGGGGGCCUGGAUCAUCCACCCGUACAGCGACUUCAGGUUCUACUGGGACUUCACCAUGUUGCUCUUCAUGGUGGGAAACCUCAUCAUCAUACCUGUGGGCAUCACGUUCUUCAAGGAUGAGACCACCGCCCCGUGGAUCGUGUUCAACGUGGUCUCGGACACGUUCUUCCUCAUGGACCUGGUGCUGAACUUCCGCACGGGCAUCGUGAUCGAGGACAACACGGAGAUCAUCCUGGACCCUGAGAAGAUCAAGAAGAAGUACCUGCGCACGUGGUUCGUGGUGGACUUCGUGUCUUCCAUCCCCGUGGACUACAUCUUCCUCAUCGUGGAGAAGGGCAUCGACUCCGAGGUCUACAAGACGGCGCGCGCGCUGCGCAUCGUGCGCUUCACCAAGAUCCUCAGCCUCCUGCGGCUGCUGCGGCUGUCGCGCCUCAUCCGCUACAUCCACCAGUGGGAGGAGAUCUUCCACAUGACCUAUGACCUGGCGAGCGCCGUGAUGCGCAUCUGCAACCUCAUCAGCAUGAUGCUGCUGCUGUGUCACUGGGACGGCUGCCUGCAGUUCCUGGUGCCCAUGCUGCAGGACUUCCCGCGGAACUGCUGGGUCUCCAUCAACGGCAUGGUGAACCACUCGUGGAGCGAGCUCUACUCCUUCGCGCUCUUCAAGGCCAUGAGCCACAUGCUGUGCAUCGGGUACGGGCGGCAGGCCCCCGAGAGCAUGACCGACAUCUGGCUGACCAUGCUGAGCAUGAUCGUGGGCGCCACGUGCUACGCCAUGUUCAUCGGCCACGCCACCGCCCUCAUCCAGUCGCUGGACUCCUCUCGGCGCCAGUACCAGGAGAAGUACAAGCAGGUGGAGCAGUACAUGUCCUUCCACAAGCUGCCCGCCGACUUCCGCCAGAAGAUCCAUGACUACUACGAGCACCGCUACCAGGGCAAGAUGUUCGACGAGGACAGCAUCCUGGGAGAGCUCAACGGGCCUCUGCGGGAGGAGAUCGUCAACUUCAACUGCCGGAAGCUGGUGGCCUCAAUGCCACUGUUUGCCAACGCCGACCCCAACUUUGUCACGGCCAUGCUGACCAAACUCAAAUUCGAGGUCUUCCAGCCCGGUGACUACAUCAUCCGAGAAGGCACCAUCGGCAAGAAGAUGUACUUCAUCCAGCACGGUGUGGUCAGCGUGCUCACCAAGGGCAACAAGGAGAUGAAGCUCUCCGAUGGCUCCUAUUUUGGGGAGAUCUGCCUGCUGACGCGGGGCCGGCGCACGGCCAGCGUGCGCGCCGACACCUACUGCCGCCUCUACUCGCUGAGCGUGGACCACUUCAACGAGGUGCUGGAGGAGUACCCCAUGAUGCGGCGGGCCUUCGAGACUGUCGCCAUCGACCGCCUGGACCGCAUCGGCAAGAAGAACUCCAUCCUGCUGCACAAGGUACAGCACGAUCUCAACUCGGGCGUGUUCAACAACCAGGAGAACGCCAUCAUCCAGGAGAUCGUCAAAUACGACCGCGAGAUGGUGCAGCAGGCAGAGCUGGGCCAGCGCGUGGGCCUCUUCCCGCCGCCGCCGCCGCCGCAGGUCACCUCGGCCAUCGCCACGCUGCAGCAGGCCGUGGCCAUGAGCUUCUGCCCGCAGGUGGCGCGCCCGCUCGUGGGGCCGCUGGCCCUUGGCUCGCCACGCCUCGUGCGCCGCCCGCCCCCGGGGCCCGGGCCCGCGCCCUCUGCCGCCGCCGCCGCCUCGGGCCCCGCGGCCUCCGCGCGUCCGGCCAGCAGCUCCACGCCGCGCUUGGGGCCGGCGCCCGCCACCCGAGCCGCCGCGCCCAGCCCGGACCGCAGGGACUCGGCCUCGCCCGGCGCCGCCGGCGGCCUCGACCCCCUGGACUCCGCGCGCUCGCGCCUCUCGUCCAACUUGUGACCUUCGCCGUGCCGCCCCGCGGGCCCAGGCGGGCCGGGGGCGGGGCCGUCAUCCACACCAAAGCCAUGCCAUCGCGCGCUGCCCCCGGCCGUCGUCGGCCGCCCGCCCCAGAAGCCAUAGAGGAGUCCUAGGUAGUUGUAGUCGGACGGGCGGGCCGGGGCGGCGCGGCAGCCCCCUCCGAGCCCCCGCCGUGCCCUUCAUCGCCCUGCGCCCACCCACAUCGUCCUUGCCCCCGGCGGCGGCCUCGCCUGAGUGCGUGCGAGGGGGCCCCCCUUCACCUCGGUGCCUCAGUUCCCCCAACUGUGAAGCGGGGACGGGGACGGCCCCGUGGCCGAAAGGAGAUGGCUGUGGAGUCCUGCCCGCCCCCACCCUCGUAGGUGGCCCGUCCGAUGAGGAUUCUGUUUUUUAAGUGCAAUACUUGGCCCGCCGGCUUCCCGCUGCCCCCAUCGCGCUCACGCAAUAACCGGCCCGGCCCCCCCACCCCACCCUCUCCCCGACCCCGUCCGCGUGCGGCCCGCGGUGACCUCCCCCCGGAGCGGGCACACCCCGCCCCCUCCGGCGCCCAGGGGCGGGCAGUCCUGGCUGCGCCCGGGCGCGGGGGUCGGAGGUGAGGC